UUUCAUGGAAUUCAGCAUUUGCUCAUGUGACCAAUAUACGUAAAGCGAAAGAGGAAGUAAAUAAAUUACAUUGACGCUUUCUGAUAUUGCAUAGACGAGGCUCAGAUUGGUUCCUAGCCAUGUCGGGGAAAAGUUAUUUGCUGUGUGCGGCGAUAGAUUUUGGGACAACGUUUAGCGGCUAUGCUUUUUCAUCAAAACAUGAGUUCGAACAAGAUCCUUUGAAAGUUUGCGCCAGCUCUUGGAUGGGGGGAUCAAGGAUGACCAUCUCGCUAAAGACAUCAUCGACAGUUCUUUUCCGACCAGACAAGAGUUUUGACUCGUUCGGAUUCGAGGCAGAAGAUCGGUACAGCGAUUUGUGUUGUGAAGAAAACCACAAAGACUGGUACUAUUUUCGAAGAUUCAAAAUGAUGCUGUAUAACUCAAAGGAUGUGCACCGAUCAAACAUGUUGAAGGAUGAAACUGGAAAAGAGAUGCCAGCCAUCGUCGUGUUUGCUGCUUCCAUUAAGUAUAUGAAGGAACAUCUGAUGCGAAAAUUAGAAGAGACACAUCUCGGGAUAACCACGGACGACAUGAAAUGGGUUCUAACGGUUCCUGCCAUUUGGGACGAUGCGGCAAAGCAGUUUAUGAGAGAAGCAGCUGUAAAGGCUGGAAUUGAGGGGCAUCGGCUGAGCUUAGCACUUGAACCAGAGGCGGCUUCGAUGUUCUGCAAACACUUACCGGUUGCACGUUAUGAAGGCAAAGGUCAAAGAGAAAUAUCAUGCUUUAAGCCAGGAUCGAAGUAUCUCGUUCUAGAUGCAGGAGGGGGAACUAUUGAUAUCACUGUACACGAGGUGAACCGGAAUGGCACGUUACGAGAGCUGUACAAAGCAAACGGUGGCACUUGGGGUGGAACUACCAUUGAUAAGGCGUUCAUAGAUUUCAUCAGUUCUAUAACCGGCCCUGAAGUAAUGGACCGUUUUCGAUCUGAAAACCAAGAGGACUACAUGGAUCUAUUGAGAGAGUUUGAAGUGAAAAAGAGAGCCAUUGGACAAAGUCUUGAUUCAAGGACAACAUUCAAAAUUCCCAUCACUCUUUACGAAACCUUUCGAGAUGUAACUGGGAGAGAAAUCAGAGAUGAGGUGAAGGAAAAUAAGCUUCUUUCGGGUAAGGUUGCAUUCGCUGGAGAUAAAAUGCGAGUAGAGCCUGGAGCUGUUAAAGAGCUAUUUAGUGAAACUACCAAACACAUAAUUGAUCAUCUGAAAGGUAUUUUUGCUGAUCCAACGGCAUCAGGCGCGGAUACAGUAUUGAUGGUUGGAGGGUUUUCAGAAUCCCCCAUGCUUCGUGAGACCGUUCAGGAAGCCUUUCCUGAUAAAAGGGUUAUAGUUCCCCACGAGGCCGGUCUUGCUGUUUUGAAAGGUGCCGUGAUCUUUGGGCACAACGACAAAGAAAUUACUGCAAGGAUCGCAAAAUACACUUAUGGGCUGAAAACGUACAAAGAUUUUGAUCCAAAAAAGCACCCUAAAGACAAAAUGUUUCUAAAUGAAAACAAACGUCCAACAGUAAGGGGUUGCUUUUCAAGGUUAGUCGAGAUCGGACAGACUGUUUCACCAAAUGAACCAACACCAUCCAAACCUUACUUUCCUACUGGGAAUACGUCUGGCUUCACUAUCAAACUGUAUGCUUCCUCAGACAAAAAACCUAUGUUUGUAGAUGAUCCGGGAUGUUUUCCUAUUGGAGAGGUUUAUGUCCAUUGUGUUGACAAGUACGGAAAGGUUGGAUCCGCUGAUGUAAGUCUUAUCUUUGGAGGAACAGAGCUAAAGGUUCGUGCCGUUGAUUCAAAGACCAAAGAAGAAAGGAUUGCUUCAUUUGACUUUCUUGCGUAGGAGAGACCAUGCGUAGAGUUGGAGUGGCUAGUUUAAACGCUGAAUAAGGUAAUGGAUAACAUGUAAUAAGACGGAAAAUGGAACAAAAAAGCAUACAUAUGAAAAUGAAAAAAACAGCAACUGGUUAUAUAAAUAUAUAGAAAUAUUUAAGUAAAAGUGAUGCACUCAAGCUGCUUGUGAAUUGCGAUGUUAAAAUGUGUUGACAAUGUAACUCGAUCACUUCUGUAAGGAAUGUGUACACGUGUUGUGUACUCAUGUAUGUUUUAUCUAUAUGAUUUUAUCUAUAUGAUGAUGUUUGAGUAUGUUACUUAUGACAUUACAUUUUAGAUCAAAUGGUUUCAGAAUUAUCAUUGAUAGAUUAUUUUUCAUUAUAUUGAAAAAAAUAUACAUUAGCAGGUUAUAGCCCCUUGAACAAACAGUGAUUCAAUUUUUGAUUGGGUUAGGAGUAUCACUGGUUAUGAAUUUUAAGUGGAUGAUAUAUAGAUAUGAAAUCGAAUUUGUAGUAACCUGCCUUUAUUAAGGUUCUUCAGUUGUCAAAGUGUGGUACAUGGUCGCAUCAUAGUGUCUCUUUUCCACACGGUACCACUGUGGUUUAUUUUCUUUUACUCAAGUUCUUAUCGGAAACACCUGAAUCAACCAAAUCGAAAGUCUUCAGAUUUUUUUAAUCGUCACUUUUCAUUCAUUAUUUCAUAAAAAAUAUUUAUAAAAAUGGUUAUGUGUACAAAAACACAUUUAAACAUUGGAACGUUCUGAAAAAAGACAACACCUAAUAGUGUAUACAUGUAUGUGUUCUUUAGUUCUAACAUAUUUGUGUCUCAUCGUUGAGUGCAUUGGCCUUAUAUAUGGUUAUUCUGUUAUUCGUUUAAACAAUGACAUGCAUUUCCAAGCAAUAGCUUUUUAAAUUAUGUACAUACAUGUUAAGAUUAAUUUGUGAUGCUUUUAAGAUAUUGAAUUGUAUGCUCGCAUUGCAAAUUGCACUUUUAUCAUAUUUGUUAUAUUUGAAAAGCAACUUUGCUUGGUUAUUUGAUAGUAUUUAUGAUAUUCUAUUGUGUAGCACCAAGGUAUAUAAGUUCAUAACCAUUGUAGUUCCCUAGGCAGAAUGAUUCAUUGUUAGCAUGAUAGCAGAUAUUAACUUGACUCUUUGUUUGUUGCUGUAUCCGGGGUGGUGUGUAUGGUACGUACAUGAACAACAUUUAGAUUUGUUUCCAUGGUCCUGUUAUGGUGUUUAUUUAGGUAGCGGAAGCACGAACUCUGGGUGCCACUUUUUAAUGAGAGCUGUUGGCAAAAAUUGAAUUGCAAGGCAAGUUUGUUAUCCUCCGAUUUUUAUAUGUUAUUUAUUAUAAGGACGAUUACGAAUGUUAUUGCAUUUUUUAUCUAAGGAUUGGUUCGUUAAAUCCACAGUUAUUGUUAUUGUCUCGCAUUUUCUCAGCGACACUGACUUUCUAGUCUCCCUUUAUGGCCUGACAUUGACCUUUUAUUCUUGAAUAGUGCACUUUUUAUAUUUCGAACCGAGCAAUCAUUCGAAAUUGAAUAAAUUUAUGUCUUUAGAACGCACACUUCCACGUCUUUCCUAAACGGUGAGGUCAUUUUUCAGAUUAGCCGCCAAAUGGUCAAAAUGACAUUCAGUAAAAGAGUUAUUCAUACAAAGGAAGAAUAAAGAAAAUUAUUGUAAGAAAAUAGUGUUAAUGUCGUGAUAUAUGGCUCCAAACCUCUAUCCGAAAAACAGGUUUUAGGCGCUGUAAAUACCUAAUGAUAAACACUUAUCUUGUAACAGUUGAUAGCCUUAGACUAUAUACAUAUGUACUGGUGACAUGCAUGCACACCAGUUUAGAUGAAAGGCUGAUAGUAGAGCUUCUAUAAUCACUUUCGGAUCUAUUUUGUGUUUCUGUUUGAUGUUUAUUCAGAAUGUAUCACAUUUGUAUAAUAAAAAAAAAUUGAGAA